AUGUCGAGUGUGGUUCAUCAGGAUCCAAAGACCCAGCCAGUGCAGGAGGGCCAAGAUGAAGCCGACUUCGAGGUCCGGUUCAAAGCCGGGGAUCCCACCAACCCCAAAGAAUGGUCAUCCUGGCGCCGUGCCUGGGCAUUGUUCUGCAUCGCCUUCUCCUCCUUUAUCGUGUCCCUUUACAGCACUAUCUACACGUCGUCCAUACCGGGAGUCAGCAAAACCUUCGAUAUUCAUCUCCCCGUUAUCCCGACGCUAGGGAUCACCACCUACCUCGUCGGCACUGGUGCGGGUAGUCUGAUCCAAGCACCGCUCAGCGAGGUAUUUGGUCGCCGCCCCAUUUACCUCGUGUCCAUGACGGUUUUCACUCUUCUCAUCCUCCCGUGUUCUUUGGCCACAUCCGUAGCUGAGAUAUUGGUUGUACGAUUUUUCGGAGGCGUGUUCGGUGCUGCUACCAUCUCCAAUGCGCCAGGUAGCUUGGUCGACAUCUAUCCAUCCGACAAACUGGCAGUGGGAUUCUCGCUAUGGAGCAUCGCGCCGUUCAAUGGUCCUGUCAUUGGGCCCAUCAUCGGUGGCUUCGUCUACGCGGGGCUGGGCUGGCGCUGGGAUAACUGGCUGACCAUGAUCCUCAGCGGCGCCUCUGUCAUGCUCAUGGCUACGAUCCCCGAAACAUAUGCCCCUGUCCUCCUCAGAAAAAGAGCUGCACGGCUCCGGAAAGAGCAGGAUAGUCGCUAUUGGUCUCGCUACGACAACAAGACAUCAUUCUGGUCGCAGCUCAAGGUCACCCUGGGCCGGCCGUUCAUCUUGGCAGCAACUGAGCCCAUUCUGUGGUUCUUUAAUACAUGGGUGUCUGUUGUCUAUGCCGUCCUCUACCUUUCCUUCGUCGCAUACCCCAUCGUUUUCCAAGACUAUCGAGGCUGGGGCCCUGGUAUCGGUGGCUUGGCAUACUUAGGGAAUGGCCUAGGAGUGAUGCUUGCCAUCUGUCUCGAGCCGCUUUGGAGGCGCAUCAUCAACUCCAGUCCAAUCAACCCCGAAACUGGCCGUGUAUAUCCUGAAGCCGCGGGGUCCAUCAUGAGCCUUGGUGCGAUAUGUACGCCGAUAGGUCAACUCGUGUUUGCCUGGACUUGUGUGCCUGCAAGCAUUCACUGGCUGGUGCCUAUUGCUUUUGGAGUGCCUUUUGGCUUUGGAAACACGCUGUGUUUUAUCUACAGCUCGAAUUAUUUGGCAGGAUCUUACGGCAUCUACGCAGCUUCUGCGCUCUCUUCAAAUACCGUUUUCAGAUCUAUCCUGGGAGGAACAUUGCCCUUGGCCGGACCGAAAAUGUAUCAAAACCUGACACCUCAUUGGGCCGGCACACUUCUCGGCCUCAUCGAGUUGUGCCUGGUUCCUAUUCCCUUCAUCUUUUGGCGUUUUGGAAAAAGGAUUCGUUCGCGAAGCCGAGCGAUUUUGCAGAUCCAGAAAGAUGCUGAGGCGGAACGGAAUCGCACGUCUCGAUCUUGA